CCCCUGGUGGACGUAGUGCGCACUCCACCCUUUUAUUUCCGACAGGGUUCUGGUAAGUGAAGAUGGCGACCGGAGGAGUCCUUCAGCGCUGCUUAAGCGGCCUUCGCUCGGCGAAAUACAACGCCAGGACGCAAGUGCACGUCCAUCUUAUCAGGGGAUUGUCGUCAUCCGGUCACAGAAAUCGAGAGGAGAGCUGGUUUAAAUCUCUGUUUGUGCGUAAAGUGGACCCAAGAAAAGACGCCCAUUCUCACCUGCUGGCAAAGAAAGAAGAAAGUAACCUUUAUAAAAUUCAAUUUCACAAUGUGAAGCCUGAAUGUCUGGAUGCUUAUAACAAACUUUGUGAGGAUGUGUUGCCUUCGAUCCAUGUGGAUAAAUACUACCCCUGCGAGCUGGUGGGAACAUGGAACACCUGGUAUGGAGAACAAGACCAGGCUGUCCAUUUGUGGAGAUACCGCGGAGGCUACCCAGCCCUGACCGAAGUCAUGAAUAAGCUGAAAAAUAACAAGGAAUUUAUGGAGUACAGACAGGAACGGGGGAAGAUGCUGCUCUCUCGCCGUAAUCAGCUGUUGCUGGAGUUUAGUUUCUGGAAUGAGCCAGUUCCACGCGAGGGACCAAAUAUAUAUGAACUUCGAUCAUACCAAUUAAGACCAGGAACCAUGAUUGAAUGGGGGAAUUACUGGGCUCGAGCCAUUCGCUAUCGCCAGCACAACCGGGAGGCCGUCGGAGGUUUUUUCUCUCAGAUAGGAAGUCUUUACAUGGUCCAUCACCUAUGGGCGUAUAAGGACCUGCAGUCCAGAGAGGACACUCGCAAUGCAGUGUGGCAGCAUGAGGGCUGGAAUGAAGUGGUGUACUACACAGUGCCCCUGAUUCAACACAUGGAGUCCAGAGUUAUGAUUCCAAUGAAGGCCUCACCCCUGAAGUAACUUUCAACUUUCACAAGCUUAAGACAUGCAUUCACAUGGGAACCAAGGCUGUAUAUGUAUUAUUCCAUUUCACUAUCCUUUCUGGUCAUCAAAUAAAUAAAAGCACUCCAAAUCCGUACCAGCAAAUAGAGUUGAGAAAUCGUGAAUGGAUUUGAAAGAUUAUGAACUUUGUACUCCUUGAGAAGUAAAGAUGAUUGGAUUUAUGAUGUCACAAGUCUUUGAGAAAUACAUCUUGGCAAACCUUAAAGUUCUGGCAUCUUCACACGCAUUACAUCUUAGCAUUGUGGCCCAACUCAUAUAUACAUGUAUUUAAAAGAGAAAAAGUAUUAUAAGGUCUUUAAAUGUUCUAUUAUUAAAUUCGCUGUGGUGCUGCAUUUGUUCAUGUAAAUAAAGAAGGCUGUUCAAUGUAAGUGGGAGAAAGAAAUCUACAUUUUGCACAGCACUGUAAAAUCACUUUAAAAUGUGCUAGAUGGUAACAGAGGGAUUUUUUUAUUUUUACUUUUAUUUUACAUGAUAAAAGUAUAAUAAAUAUUCUGUCCAUUCAGAGAAAACAGAAAACUCCGUCUAUAUCGAAACUACUUCCUAUUUUGUGGGGUUUGGAAAACAUCCUUGUACUGUAUGGCAUGUAGAAUGUAAACCUGCAUGCUGAGUUUUAACAGCCAUUUUUUUUUAGUUGUAUUGUAAUGUUAUAAACAAACAAUUGUUAUUUAUUUAUAUUUUGCAGGCUACUGUGAUACUGGAUAUUGAGCUCUGACCUCAAAAGUAUGUCUUUGUGUUUUGUUUUUUGCUUAUUUUAUUUCCAGUUGCGAUUUCUUAAAUUACAAUUACAUAUGACCUGUACUGUAUCAGUCAAUAUGUAUACAAGUGAUCCUGUACAAUAAAGUAUACACUGUUCCCCAA